AUGUUAGAAAAACCAGCCUUCCUCUUUAUCUCGGACGACAAUGAUCACAACAAUCUCCGGUACACGAGCUUGAAAGAUGUGAUCUCGAGUUCUGAUGGUUUUGGUUCAUUCUUUUGCCAAUCUAUAUCUUCACAAGACGGGGUUCUCUUGUCAGAAAUCGAUUCAUCAAAUAUUGCCAUUAGGAACGAACUCGUGAAAAGAGCAGCUUCAAUGUAUCUCCAGUCUUCGAUGAUUGCUUCUACUCCUGACACGAACUGGUUCCAGAGAUUCUGUCUGAAGGCUAAGCAUGCUGUUGAUUGUCUCAGACCGGUUUACCGAAUUUUUUCUUGGUCUAGUUAA